AUGGCCGUAGACCCUAUUGAUAGUGCUUCAAGUUCGACGACCAAUGUGUCACUUCUUACUGCGAAAUUCUUCUACUAUCGCCGGCUUGUACCAUUGGUUUCCCAACCCGAUGUCGUAUACCUCAAUUCGUCAUUCGCACCACCCUCCAACCUGAUCGUCCAUGAGGCACUGGCAAAGUACUCUCACGAGUCACUCCACGACCCUCACCCAAAGCCGGGGUGGCAGGCUGCGGCCGAAGACGCCCGUGUGCUGCUGGCAAAGUACAUCAAUGCAACCCCUUCAUCCAUUGCCUUCACCAGGGACACCACGGAAGCCCUGGGAAACUUCAUCCGCUCCGUAUCUUUUCAGCCUGGAGACAACGUCGUCAUCCUCGAUACCGAGCAUCCCAACCACGCUUAUGGAUGGAUGGCCCUACGAGGAGCUGGGCUGGAAGUACGGCAGGUCCUGACUGCGGAUGAGGCGCUGCGAACGGGCCGAGUCACCGCUGCAACUGCCGAGACCUUCGCGCCCUUUGUGGACAAACGAACGCGAGCCAUAGGACUGAGCUCCAUUAUGUUCCACAGCGGACAGAAAAACGACGUUGCGAGCAUUUGUGCGGCUUUCAGGCCACGCGGCAUCCACGUUUUGGCCGAUCUUACCCAACAGGUCGGCUUCGCCGCGGUGGAUGUCCAGGCUUUGGGGGUAUCGGCGGCCGCCUUCAGCUUGCACAAGGGCCUCCACUGUCCGACUGGCAUUGCCUGCAUGUAUGUGGAUGCAGACGUCUUGAAGGCGCUUGACCCUGUUCCUCCGGUUGUUGGCUACGGCGCCGUCAGCAAUGCACGCAGCGACUUGCUGGUCCCGAACGACCCUAUUGUCUUCCAUCCGAGCGCAAAGAGAUUCGAGCACCUUAACCUUUGCCUCAUCGGUACCUCCGCGGCUAAAGCUUACUUGAGUUUCUAUCUGGACUAUCUUGACCCCUCAGACGUUGAAGAAUAUUUGUACAGCCUCGGAGACAAACUACGUAUCGAAUGCAAGAAGCUGGGUAUCAGGAUUGUUGGCCCCUCGGAUCGAGAGGGACAUGCACCGCAUUUGUAUGUCCUGGACUUGUUAGAUGGCGCAUGGGCGCUUCACCUAAAUGGUUGCGGAAUCCAUGUAACCGCAUAUCGAUUGGGCGUCCGAGUGUCGUUGGGGUUUUACAAUAAUGUUAUUGAUAUUGAGCGACUAGCUGGUGCGUUGAAAAUGGGGUUGGACAAAGGCAUACCCAUGUCAUAG